AUGUUUAUUGACAAUGUGUGUGUUAGAAUGGUGUCGUCAGGUGCCAGAGUUCCAAUCUUUGUCGUCGCCCUCGCCGUGAGCAUCUUCUCAUUCUGCGGAUGUCAGAACGAGGGGUUCCUGACUGCCACCGCUUGCUAUGGAAACACCAACAACUACCUGCGACUGGACUGCGUUAACGGUUACUACAUCCACGUUCUGAGGGUUAUCCACGCGGCCAAGCUGAAAACCGCCGACUGUGUGAGCCCAGCCAGCGUGGACACAUACAAGAGGGAGUGCUGCGGCUAUCAUGUCACGGACUGCAACAUCAUCGUGCAGGAUGGAGCCAGCAUCGUCUGCGAGAACAAAUCCCGCUGUGACGCCGUCGCCACCUGGUCCAACACUAACAAAGAAUGCGACCAGGACAUCUACCCGCCCAACACCAACUACAUGAAGAUGGAAUACAUGUGCCGGCGGAUCCGUGACGACAACGUGCAGAUAACCACCACAGCAUCCACACAACCACGAACAUCAUCAGUGUCUACAACAACAUCAACAACAGAAACAACCACAACUGUGACAACAACAAAUCCUGACAUCACAACCACGUCGGCCAGCACGUCAGUGGCGGUAAACACAACCUCAGGAGUUGUCCGAGGGAAGACCUCGUCCGCCGCUGUACAAUCUGGACACACCAGGUCACCUCAAGAUAACGAGGAGCUGAGUGAUGCCAUGAUCGGUGCCAUUGUGGGAGGAUGUCUGGGCAUGGUCUUCACCUUCGUUGUGUUCAUCUUCUACUGGGGUCGAAAACGCCGCCUUCGGAUCGUGAGCAAACCCCAGCCGUCCGUGUGGGACUACCUGUUGUCUCAGACCUUCACUGUCAGAGGGGCCAAGGGUUACGACCACUUCUCCAGCAUCCGGUCAUCGGCCAGCUCACAAGGAGAUCCCACCAGCCCUGUGGUCAGGUACCAUCAUUGA